AUGGAGUCAGUUGGGGUCGUCUAUAAAUUUGCUUGUGAUGUGCUUGCAAACCAAGACUUUGUUGAGGCUUUUCUGCGGGGUCAGGGGAGACCCAGUGAUCAAGCGGCAGCGGCCUACAGCCUGGGAGACCUGCACAAGGGAGCCGCCAAGAUCUCCAACGACAUCCUCGACUCUGUCGGGGUUUCAGUAUAUGCAACAACAGAAAAUUCGAUAACAGUAUACGCGACAAAUGGUGCUAUUUGCUUUCGCUGCAAUCUCCUCAUACUUACCAGGGUUGAGUGCCCAACAUUCCCGAAGAUGGCACCCGAGACGUGUCCGCAGCCAGAACCAGCGAAGUUGUCGUAUGAGAUUCAGAUCUCUCUUGGAACAAUGAUCUUGGAGAGCAAAGCACAGAGAAGGAAUCCCAUGAUAUGCUCUCUUAUUCUUUUAAUCGGGGCAUCAACAUACUGGACACCGCAGAAAUUGCCGGCACAAUAUAUCGGUGUUUCCAAUGAAACCCCGUACGGAGUAAUGCAGUUUGUACAUGCUGCAAAGCUUGAUGGACUUCCAAAGAUUAUGAGCAUCUAG